UAGAACUUACGUGGCAUGAUAGCAGAACUUGUUUCUUUGGAAGACCCUACGUUGGUUCAAACCCACAACCCAUGUUUCGACGAAGUUUCAUAUGGUACCGAAGUUUUAGUUUUUCAAUCACCGGUUUUGCAUUCGCAAUUGCUCAAAGCGGUUGCCGAAUUUCAAUCGGGCACAGUUAAGGGGAAAGGAGAGAGUGAUUUCACGAAUGGGGAUCAAGAGAAAAUAUCAGAACGUUUACGGAAAGCUAUGAAAGGACUGGGUACUGAUGAAAAGGUGAUAAUUGAAGCGUUGUCUUCGCAUACUAACACACAAUUACAGACUGUUAAAUCUACUUACAAGACUUUAUAUGGAAGGGACUUAGAAGAGGACCUGAGAAGUGAGCUAUCGGGACAUUUUGAAAGCCUUUGUAUAUACAGACUAACACCGUCCACUGAAUUUGAUGCUAAAUGUCUUCGUAAAGCUAUGAAGGGUAUUGGUACAAAGGAGGUUACGUUGAUCGAAAUUCUAUGUUCACAUAAUAACUCUGAAAUUAAGAACAUUAAAGAAGACUACAGGAAAGUUUAUGAGAGAGAUCUAGAGGAAGAUAUUAAAGAAGAGACUAGUGGGGACUUCCAACGUAUAUUGGUGUCUUUGCUGCAGGGAAACAGAGACGAAAAUCAAACUGUGGACCAAAAAGAAGUAGAAGAAGAUGUUAAGGAAUUAAAACAGGCUGGAACUAAACUUAUGUUUGGAACUGACGAAUCUGUAUUCAACAAAAUAUUAGCAAAACGAAGUUUGUCACAUUUGAAGGCUGUUUUUGAAGCAUAUAGAUCUGAUGAACAGAAAGACAUAGAAACUGUAGUUGCAGAUGAGAUGAGUGGAAAUUUGAGCACAGCAUUUCUUGCUGUUGUGAGGUUUAUUAAGGAUCCUCUAGAAUACUUUGCUAGUUGUUUCCAUGAGACCAUGUGUGGUCCAGGGACAGAGGAUGAACGUCUGAUGCAACUAGUAGUUGCUCACUGUGAGGUUGACCUGAAAGAUAUUGCUGAUAAAUAUAUGGAACUGUACAAGAAAGGGUUAGCGUUAGCCAUAGAGGAGGACACUUAUGGAGAUUAUAGGAAAUUAUUGUUAAGACUUUCUGGAAAGGAUUGAUUUUAUGAUUUUAAUCUAGUUUAAGGACCAUUUAGUCACUUGCCAUUUUAUAUCAUUUUUAGAUUUUAUACAUGUUAAUUUUUUUUUUUAGAAAACUUUGACUUUUCUACACACAUCUAACUGAAUGCCACAGAAAACCUUUUUUUAGCAACUUUUAAUGUUGCCAUGAAAACAUAUUGUGUUUGUAGACAUUCACAUGUAUAAAUAUCUUUUAACUAUGAUUAAAAAUAUAUUGGAAAGUAAUUCUUUUUUUGCAAAUGUGUGGAUUUUCCAAAUUAAAUCAGCUUCUAUAUAGUG